AUGAAGUUAUUUAUUCAAUCGGUUGGAAGGAGGAUCCCAUGGAGAGGCAGUCAGCGGCAACGAUUCUCUUCCUCUGGAUCAACUGCUACCAAGUCAUCUAGGUUGAAAUCUGGAGUUUUCAUUGCUGGAGCUGGUAUUUUGGGAAUAUAUUCGUUCAACGAACCACAAUUCUCGCUCGCGACGCGGAGGACCGCUAGAUCGGCAUAUUGCGUGGGCUCCAUCGCAUUUGACUACAAGACUUCAUUGUCUGAAGGUCCUGAAAAGAUUGGUCCUCAGGAAUACGACAAACGCAAAUCUGAAGCUCAUCAGCGUUCAGCUGAAAAGUUACUGGAGCUGUGUAGAACUAAUGGUGGAAUCUUUGUGAAAUUGGGCCAGCACAUUGCUGCAAUGGUGUACUUGCUUCCCAUUGAGUACACGUCGACGUUAAGACCUUUGUGGGAUAAAUGCCAAGAAACACCACUAUCUGAAAUCGAAAAGCUCUUCCAAACAGAUGCUGGAAAUACCAUCAGCGAAAUGUUUGCCAGCUUUGAUCCGAAACCUAUUGGAGUCGCUUCUAUAGCACAAGUCCACAAAGCUGUGCUAAAGACUGGUCAAGUCGUGGCCGUUAAGAUCCAGCAUCCGGUGCUAGAUGAGCACGUUAAAGUCGAUACCCAAACCGUGACUCUGAUGGUCAGAUUCAUCAAGCGCGUGUUUCCCGACUUUGAAUUUGGCUGGUUGGCUGAUGAACUUAGAGAGUCGUUGCCGUUAGAACUUGAUUUCCGCUGUGAAGCCAAAAAUGCUGAAAAAGUACGCAGCAACUUUAAAGAUCAUGCUGUCUUGCAAAUUCCAAAGGUCUAUGAUGCUCGCCGACGUAUUUUGAUUAUGGAAUAUAUCGAUGGCGCCAACGUCGAUGAGGUGUCUUACAUAAAGAAGCACGACAUCAAUACCCGGGCAGUGUCAACAGAGCUGAAUAAAAUCUUUUCUGAGAUGAUCUUUCUACAUGGAUUUGUACACUGUGACCCACAUACGGCCAACGUCUUUAUCAGGAGUCGUCCCAAACCAUCGAUCUGGACAAGAUUUUGGAGUCAUGUAUUCAACAGGCCUCAUAUAAAUCCAUACAAUUUUGAAUUGGUGCUCCUCGAUCAUGGUUUAUAUCGAACACUUGAGCGUUCGUUUAGGCUGGCUUAUGCAAGACUGUGGGAUGCUCUGAUUCGAUCUGACGAACGAGGCAUUGCAGACGCAUCUCAUGAGCUCUUUAUGAGUGAUUUGAGAUUGCGAGGACGCCAAGAUGGUAUCGAUCGCCAUCGUCUUUUCGCUAGCAUGUUGACUGGGCGUAGUUGGGAAGCCUUGUCGUCCGAAGGCGGCAUGAGUAAGCUGAGAACGGCCGAUGAAAUGGGUGUGAUUAGGAGCAAGGCAGUUCAAGGCCCAUUCUUCACUGCUAUAGCUGAAAUUCUUGCACAAGUUCCACGUGAACUUCUUCUGCUUUUGAAGACGGCAGAUUUGCUGCGAAGUGUUGACGAAAGUUUAGGACUCGCUGGCAAGGACCAGGACCACAUGGUCAGGAUGGUAGCAGUCAUGGGCACAUAUACCUCAAGAGCACUCUAUGAGGACGAAAUGGCAUCGUUGUCACUGACACGCACAUUUGUUUCACCAUUGUAUUUCGAUUUCAGGUUUUGGGGGAUAUGGGCUCGUUACAUGAGUGCCAUUGGUCGCCUAUAUCUAGUAAGGGUAUAUUUAUUCCAAAAACGGGUUGGAAACAUUCUAUUCAAGAAUUAG